GUCUCAUAUUCCCAGAGCCUGGGCUAAUUAUUGGGAGGUUCAUGUGGAUAAAGUACAGCUCAUCGCUCCCUUCACAUCAUGUCCCCUACUCGUUGGCCACACUCACUGCAUGCUUUUUAAAUUCCCAUCACCGGCCUCCAGACGUCGUUUCCUUUUGCCUGCGGGAUGAUGGACAGCAGGAUACUGGAUCCACCUCACGCCCAGUUCGGAGGCUCUCUCGGCGGGAUGGUGGGCUUCCCGUACCAUCUGAGCCACCAUCACGUUUACGAAUUAGCCGGGCAUCAACUUCAAUCUGCGUCCGCGGUUCCUUUCUCAAUAGACGGAUUACUUAAUGGUUCGUGCGCGGCUUCAGUGGGUAAUUCCAACCCCCUCUUGUCUUCGGGCUGCGGGAUGAAUGGAGAUAAUCAGCAGUACAAACUGACAGACUCGGGAGACCCAGACAAAGAUAGCCCUGGCUGCAAGAGGCGAAGAACUCGCACAAAUUUCACAGGUUGGCAGCUGGAGGAAUUAGAAAAGGCUUUUAAUGAGAGUCACUAUCCGGACGUGUUCAUGAGGGAGGCACUGGCUCUCCGGUUGGACUUGAUAGAAUCAAGGGUUCAGGUAUGGUUUCAAAAUCGCAGAGCCAAAUGGAGGAAAAAGGAGAACACAAAGAAAGGUCCAGGUCGACCUGCUCACAACGCCCACCCCACCACCUGCAGCGGGGAACCCAUGGACCCGGAGGAGAUCGCCCGGAGAGAGCUGAGCAGGCUGGAGAAGAAGAAACGAAAGCAGGAGCGCCGGCUGCUAAAGUCCCAGAACAAGCUUGUUUCUGGGGAUUUAUUUCACACCCCGGGAUCAGACAGCGACAGCGGGGUGUCGCAUGUGACCGACAGUGACCACAACACAGGCCCACCCUUUGACUCUGUGGGGGGAAAUCAAACGCAAUCGAGCUGCGACCAAACACCUCACCCUCUCCAGAGCCAAAGCUACAACCAAAGACACUUGGACAGGGACCCUGGCGACUCCGAGCUGGACUCGCCCGACCCCAGCCACGGGCCAAGCCUGUGUUCCAACAACAGCAGAGCCUCCAGCAUGCAGAAACUCAACCCUUUUAGCGUCGAAAGCCUCCUUUCGGACCACAGACCGAGACGCAACCCCGCGGCCUUACCCUCCUCACGGCCUUUGAUAGGGAAGGGACACUUCCUGCUCUAUCCCAUCACACAGCCGCUUGGAUUCAUUGUUCCUCAAACUGCCCUGAAGACGACAACAGCAGUAAACUCUGAGUGUGACACGCCGGCGGAAAGAACCCAGCCUCACGUCCGCUGCAGCGUCUCUGCGAGCUCUGCGGGAUGUACGAGCAGCUCGCCGGACUCUGCAGAAACCACGCAAAGGGCACAGGUGGGAUCAGAGGCAAAGACAAAUUCACCGCACACGAGCCCGCCCAGGGCCGCCUUUUCCACUGGCAAAAGUACUCAGACCUCGGUUAUUUGCAGCGAUUCGACUUUCGCUCACGAACACGGUUCACAGCUCGUUGAGUCUGUGGAUGCAGGCAAAAAAGAGCAUUUAGAAAACAAGGAUCACCCCAACAGCUCCGAGUCUGUCCUCAGUGACUGUCCUGCAGAUACAAAGACAGACUCUAAAGAGGAUGUCGACAUGGAAUAAAUGAGCAGGGGGGGUUAAAGAAAAAAGAAAGAAAAAAAGCAGAACCAUACUGAUAUAGCCCCUAAACUACACAUUUCAUUAGGCCAAAGGUUAACCAGAAUCUACAUCUUUGCAUCUAAUUUCUAGCCCCCCCUCCCCAGCUGAUAUUUUGACAAUGUGCUCUCUCUCUCUCUCUCUUCUCCUUCUCGCUCCUUCUCUCUCUCCCAAUCUCUGCGAGUGUGUAUGUGUGUGCGAGUCGGGAGUCUCUAGAUAUCCUUUAAUGUGUGAUAACUUGUCAAGAAAAACAAAACACGAGACCACGAUACCAACAAAAAUCCUCAAGAGCUGUAAGAAAGGUAUUAUACUAUUUAUAUAUGUAAGGUUUUUCUUAAAUAAAUCUAUUGUAUACAAGCACCUCAAACCGUGUGAGACCUUAAAUAGCAGCACAUCCAGUGCAGGACUACAGUAGGAAGGGCUUUCUUAAGAAAUCUCAUGUUGUACUUUGUAUAUUGCCUUAACAAAUUUAUUCAUCUAUAAGCCCCCACUGAAAUGAGGUUACGAGCCUGAGGCGAAAAGGACCCGCUCGACUCCUGCAGAGUUUUGAUAUGAAAGUAAUUAUUUUCCCGGUGGCUACUGCAGGGGGAUUCAGUUUAUUUUAGCUCAAAGGGGGUUAUAAUACAUUACCGAUUUCUAGUGAUAUGAAAUCACAUAAACUUCCAAGAAUAAUAGAAUUAGCAUGAAAAGGCCUGGGUGUCAAAUUGAAAUAGGAAAAUAAUAGCCCCGGCAGCUGGGAGUGUGUGUGUUUGUGCAUAUUGGAUAGAAGAUGGGGAUUCGUGGGGAGGCAUUUUCAUGAGCUUUUUUUUCUUCCUCCUCUCCCCUUCUUCUUCUUCUAUCUCUCUCCCCACUUUGUCAGGGCCCCUUGUAGCAGGGCUAUAUUAAGAUAGAUGUUCGAUGAUAUCCCUCAUUGUUCUGUCGCUUUACAUUGAUGUUUCUGUGUUAUCAGCCUAUUGAUCAUGCGUCGGCUGUAAUAGGACGGGCUGAGGCAAACGUGCCUAUUUACAAUAGCAGAACACAUUUGUUCUAAUAGGGUUGGUGUUCCCCAGGGAUGCCGUGCAGGAUCUGGGACAUCUGCUCCCUUUUGCAAUAUUAGCAGUGUUGACCACAAUAUCAAGACGACCAAAGGAAGAAAUGUCGAGGCGACUGUGUAUAAAAUAUAUAUAUAUAUUUAGACAAAACUACAAGAACAACAACAACAAAAUAAAUCCCGUCCAGCUAUAUGUAGAGUUGCUGGUUCACUAUUAAGAGCCACAAGCCCUUUAGUGUUCUCUUUGGGUCUUGAUUUGCAAAUAAAUUGAAAAUAAGAGGGGUGAGCUUUACAUCUGAGCCGGCGCAAAUGAAUUUCUGAGCCAGUGUCCCUUUCAAAAUAUUUACAUAAAUUUCAACCCAUGCAGCUGUUUGCUCUAGGAAGCAAUGUCUUAUUAGGUUGGUGGGGGGCAGGGGCAGGCGCAGCCAACAUGGCACACGCAGUGAACACGCACAAGAUUAGGCCUGCACGGCUCUGGGUUAGAGGUGUAUCUCUGCAUGGUCUUUAUAGUGCUGAGAUGAUAGAUUCCGCAUCGAUUUUGUGCUUCUUCUUUUAUUAUUAAUUUAUCUUACACUCCGCUAUUAAUGCCAGUUUUGGGGGGAGUUUUGCAGUGUUUUUGUAUGAUGCAUAAUGGAUUACAUUUUGCGCGUUUCCGUUAUAAACUCUGACACAAAUGCAGACAGAAAAGACCAAAUUGCAACCACUGCGAUUUGGUUAAAAAAAUGUGAGGUGUAUUUACUAAAUUGUGGGAUAACCGAAGCCAAUUUGAAAUAACCCCUAAGAUUCUUCGGUGUGUGUUUUUCCAUGCUACUCUGAGGCUAUUUGGGACGUAUGCCCAGUUCAUCCAUAAUUCAUUAGCGCACUGAAUAGGAGUAUCGCUGGCUGCACAUUGGUGGCCUUAAGGUGAAAUUAGCGAUUUGCUUAAGUAGUUAAGCUUUUCUUGCCUGAGAGCUGCACGCUGCAUGAUUCAAGACAAACUAUCAAUCGAUAUGCCCAGGCAGCCUCCAGGAGAUGUGUCGUCCAUGAAUCAUACUUUAUGAAUUCAAUUUAUACCCGGAGAAAUUUUCAAUUUGAACGCCGGAUCAUUAUGGGAGAGUGUAAAUUGUUUUUGCUCUAUUAUGCAUCGGACGCCAUCAUUUUUCUUUCUAAUUACGGAGGUGUCAGGUCGGGCUGUCAUGCAGACGCUGAUUUUCAAUUUAACUGAUCAUCAUGCAUUCAUUUUCCCAUUUGAUAAAUCUGCUAUCUCGAAGCUUCUCCAUGCCCGGAAUGCUAAAAGAGAGGCACAGAUUGGCAAAGUAAUAGGGGCCUGUAUGCGGCAAUAAGUGCAGAUCAGGCAGCUAAUUUAGCACCUCCUGGUAUUUCCAUUUCCAUUUCUCAUUUCCAACUCUCAAAGGAGGAAAAGCAGCCCAAAGGCAGAAAGCUGGUAGGCUUUUCAUAUCGGAGAAAGACAGAGAAAAAAAAAAUCUACCAAAACGGCUUGUUUUCAGCCACACAUUCCCUAAAUUAGGAUAUCAAGCUUAAUUAAGGCUAAUAGAGUUUUCUCAGUAUGUGUUAGUUUUAUUUAAUAGAAACAAAUUUGCGCAAUUAAUUAUGGCCGAGAUAUUAAGAGUCUCAUUUGCAGCAUUCGAGCUGCAGACUAAAUCAGCGUCUUCAGAAAUAAGCCUCUCAUUUCCAAGCCAAAUGACUAUCCAAAUGUUUUUAUACGAGCUUCCAUCACACACGGUUUAUCGGUUUAUUUUCUGUAAUAUAUACAAGCAAACUAAGUCAGAUUGGAGACAAAUUUACAUAAGUGAUGAUCUCUUAGUGCACAGAAUUAAAUAUAGAUUUGUGGGGUUUUGUCUCGUAGAAAUUGUAUUAUUUUGCGCACUGAAUUUGAUUUUAUAUUUUUCACAUUGCAACAAGACACUUUCUCACUACAUAUAUAUAUAUA